CGGGACGGUUGUCAUUUUCGCGCGCCCCGUUCAAGCCUUAGAACUUGUUAAAAAAAAACAAAAAAAAAAAAAACAACAACCGACUUUCAAUUAUCAACUUGUUUGAGGGAAUGAUCUCGGACGAGUCGCGACAACGACCCCCGACAUAGCGUCUAAUGAUGCCCUAUCCGUAGCAUCCAAUGGUUAGCUUUGCGAUAGCCUCUUCCUCGCUGUUUCCGCCGUGCCUGUCAUGAAUCGUUAAGCAUGGACAUUCCCAAGGUGAUCACCAAGUUAGAGAUGGAGAUGGAGGAAUCGCAGAACGAGCGCGAUGUACGAAUUGAGCAGCUUUGGAGAAAACUGGACUACCGAGGCACGGGCGAGCUGGACUGGAAAGGGUUACAAAAAGGCCUCAAGAGGAUUGAUCAUCCAAUGAAAAAUGCCGAUGGCUUGUUAAAGACUAUAAUAACGGUUGUGGAUUCGAAUGGCGACGGCAAGAUUCAAUAUGAUGAAUUUCGAGUCUUUGUCGAAGCUGCUGAGCGUCAGCUCUACGUUCUUUUUAAAUCUAUCGAUCGAGACCAAAAUGGGAAAAUUGAUAAAGAAGAGCUUCACCAUGCUUUUCAACGUGCUGGUCUUGCGGUCCCGCUACGUCGGUUAGAUGAAUUCUUUGAGAAUAUCGAUCACAAUCGUGAUGGAUUCAUUAGUUUUGAAGAAUGGCGAAAUUUUCUCCUUUUCAUGCCCAACAACACUGAUUCUACCACCACACUGCGGGCAGUUUUCACCUUCUACACAGACAUUCUCACUCUCAAUUCUGAAGGUGACUCGGUAGUCAGCGAGGAAACUCUUCAUGGCUUAGGUACGAAUAUUCUUUCCACCCUUUUCGGUUCAAUCUUCAGAAUCGCCUGCCCACCGGAUGAGGAGUAUAUUCCUUCAUCUUCGAAUUCGAACGAGGAGGAACGCGAACAAAGAACAACAACAGUGACACACAAUUCUCCGACAACCAACGAUACGACCAACAUGACUAUGGCUGUAGCACAGCCGUAUGUUGGCGACACCUCCGAAACUACUCUUCCUGCCGAUAAUCUCUUCGGCGCUAAGCAAGAGAAGCUUCCCGCAGCAGAAGGCACUGAGAUUGAACCGGGAUUGAGUGAAAUAAGCAAAAGAUCUAUGCUGAUUAGAUACCUCCCCGAUCCAGGCUAUUUCAUUGCUGGUGCUGUGGCGGGGGGCAUUUCUCGUACUACUACUGCUCCACUCGACCGAUUGAAGGUCUACCUUCUCGUGAAAACAUCAUCAAGCACGAAUGCCGCCGCCGACGCCGUCAAGAAAGGCCAAGCUAUCCGUGCCUUGAAACAUGCUGGCGGGCCCUUAGUCACAGCUAUCACCGACAUAUACAAGGCUGGGGGUGUUCGCGGAUUCUUUGCUGGCAAUGGACUUAACGUGGUUAAGAUUAUGCCGGAGACAGCAAUUAGGUUUGGAGCAUAUGAGGCUGCUAAGAAGACUCUUGCAAACCUCGAAGGGCAUAAUGAUAUGCAUCAAAUCAAUCCUUACUCUAAGUUUGUAGCGGGCGGUGUAGCAGGCAUGACUGCACAGUUUUGUGUCUAUCCCCUAGAUACCCUUAAGUUCCGCCUACAGUCAGAAUACGUUUCUGGCGGCCCACGCGGCAAUGCCCUUCUCUUGCAAACUGCCCAGAAGAUGUGGGCAGAAGGCGGCGUCCGGGCCACCUACAGGGGUGUGACUAUGGGUCUUAUCGGCAUGUUUCCGUAUUCGGCCAUCGAUAUGGGCACAUUCGAGCUACUCAAGAAGACCUACAUAUCAUACAAAGCCAAGGCUGACGGUAUUCACGAGGAGGACGCUCAACCAAGCACUUUCGUGACAGGAAUCAUGGGAGCAACAUCAGGUGCCUUUGGCGCCUCGGUAGUCUACCCUCUAAAUGUGCUUCGCACGAGGCUACAGACUCAGGGCACCAAAAUGCACCCAGCCCACUAUACCGGCAUAUGGGAUGUAGCGCAAAAGACGAUUCGGAACGAGGGAGUCAGGGGUCUAUACAAGGGCCUGAUGCCGAAUCUACUCAAGGUUGCUCCUGCACUUAGCAUUACGUGGAUGGUCUACGAAAAUACGAAGAAGCUCCUUGAUUUGAACUAGACUACAACUGGUUGAGGAUUUAUAUCAAAGCUAUGAUAGGAGUUUCCAAUCAGAUAGGGGCAUGAUCUAUCACUGAAAGCCCGCAGUAGGGCUAUACAACAAGGGGAUAAGUAACCCAUAGGGGAUAUUAUGGCCACAUUUCAGACGACUCGAAGGUAUCUAGGCUGAGCUAGUGUCUCGAAAGAAGCUCCAAUGAGGAAAAUAUCAAGGUGCGGCGGCGGUCGACAAAAAGAAAAAAAGAGAAUAGGAGGCUUUUAGAUGGAUGGAUAGAUCUCGAAGAGGGCGAAGGGAGGGAGGCGAUAUAUCCAACUUGCAUUAGCAGGCGUUCAAUAAGAUGGGCAGGUAGGGUUGUUUCGAGGCGUAGGACGUCGUAUGCGUUGGAGAUCAAUCAAUUAGCGGUUUCGGGGUAUUCUUGCCCCCCUAUGUACCUGGGUAGAUAGCGAGCGAACAAGCAAGCUUCGUCUUUCUGGUUACAUACAUGUUGUUGCGUGUAUAUCAGUUAAUCUACCGCAGCUAUUCGUAGGUCUUCCCGCAAUUUAAACCCGCGAAUGAUACCGGUUUACUCUACCAUUGCUCACUAUCUUAAUUUAUUAUUAUUUGUCCAUCCA